AGUCUUCGGCGCAUCCAGCAAACGCGGUUCUUUUUUAAGCGCGUUUUCGUAUUAUUCUACUCAUAUGAUUUAUCAUUUGCGUCGCUAUAUGAUUUCUCCUUGUUUCCGUAGUAUGACAAGCCACUACUACUAAACAACAACAACAACAACAACAACAACAACAACAACAACAACAACAAAAAAAGAAAACACAACCAAAUAAAAAACAACAACAACAACCAAUAUCAAGCGGAAGACGUGGGAGAUGGCCCAGGUGCUCUAAACACAUCCUUGCUGGCCGAACGAGCGAAAAAUUCCUGGGGAAUACCGGCAAACAACCUUCACUCAGUCAGUACGUCCCCAAAAAACUUUUUUAUAUCUUUUUGUAUAUGUGUGUGAGUGUGUGUGUGAUCGCAAGUGCAGGAUAACCAGAAGUAUCCGAUUUCGAAACCUACAUUCUCAGAUCCUUUGAUAAGCUCAAGGCCUAGGCUUAGAAAUUCGAAACUCAAGAUAGACCCCUGAAUAUUGUGCUCAGUGUCGAUCCACAAAAACCAAUUGAGAGCGUUUUAACACAAAAGUCUGCUGGCAGCAAUCAACUUUAGGCCGAAAUUAUCUAAAAUCCACGAUCGAAAUCGUUAAUAAAACGAACAGAAAUUGCAUACAACUAUCAUCAGGAUUUUUCACUGUUUCAAUUUUGUGUUGUUGACUGAUACGAAGAUCAAAGAUAAAAGAGACCAAAUUCGAUAAGGAAAAGCAAUUCUCCCACACAACAGAGUAUAUAAUAAAAAUAAUAAUAAUAAUAAUAAUAAUAUAGUAUACAAUUUGAUUAAAACAUACAUUUGAUUUCAAUCAGUGUGCGCUAGAUAGAAUCACACAUAUAUAUAUAUAUAUACGUAUAUACGGAUAACAUUUGAUUACCUUCGUCGGUGAGUGUCUAGCCAAUCAAUCUAUAGCUUAUAGGAACCAUACCAUAUAUACCACAAGGUUUUAUACUGAAUUUAUAAAAUUUUGGGUAAGCGCGCAGUGCGCAUCGAAAGGCCCCAUCAAAGCAUCAACACCAAACUCAAUAUAAACUAAAAAAAAAAAAAACGAAAAAAAAAACAAAAAACAAAAUACCAUAAGCAAGUGUUUUUUUGUCGCAUAUAAAUAAAAUUUACAUAUUUACAACAUACGAGACGGAAGUUAAGCAAAAGUAAUAUUAAUAUAAAGACUUGAAUUUCUCAAAGAAAUAAAUAUUUAUACAAGAACAAGCGAAGAAAUAAGAAGAACAAGCAAAAAAAAAAAACGGACUUCCAACGAUUUCAAAAUACGACGAAAAAUACGAAUUACGAAAUAUUUUUUAAAGCAAGGACCCAGCAAAAAAAGAUAUGAUAUGACUAAAUCUACGCAAAUCGGUUAACAAAAAUAUUUGCCAAAUCUAUGUAUUGAAUCAAAAACAAAUAAAACGGAAAGAAACCCGCAUACUUAAUGAAAAAUUGAACGUCGAGCUACAAGAAUUUAUACGGAAAACAGAGGCAUCGCAGAAAAUAAAAAGAAAAAAAGAAUAAAAAACAGCGAAGCAGGAAAAGUGCAAAAGCGGAUUUAUUGGAAAAGCUGAGUGGAAAAAUCGAGAUCAACGGCGAUCAGCGUUAAAGUGAUAUUUUAUAAAAACCGAAAAUAUCAGUUAAGGACAACGACUUAUAAGCCAGGAAAUCGUUGGACAAAGGAGCGUGCAGACCAAAAAGAGAGCGAACGAGUGAGAGAGCGAGUCGACGCGAAAGAAAGUCCUUUUUGUGCAAUCAAUAUACAUCUAUUAUAUAGUCAGUCGGACUCAAUUCCCCGCUCCCCAUUAGAACACACUGUAUGACAGUGUAACUUCUUAAACGCACCUCGCUCCCACAACUUUUUCGAUUUCGUCUCGCCAGCGAAGCACAUUGAGUGAAAACGAGCGAGCAAUCGAACAGCCAUCAUUUAUCAGAGGAAAUAAACGGAUCACCGAGAAAGAGGGAAAUUUUUUAACCGCAGAGGGAAAAGCAAACAGACGAGUCGAAAGGAAAUACGAAGGAAAAGUCAACAAAAAACCAAACACCACCAAAUAAAACCAACUACUAUUAAUUUAACGCAAACAUUAACGAAUAAUCAUAUUCAAGCGGUAUAUAUAUAUAUAUAUACACAAGAGGAUAACGGAUAACACAACUAACUAAAUAUAUAUAUAUAUACGAUAUAUGAAUGUAUAUUUGAAAACCAAAGCUAAGUUCCAGUCAAAGAAAAAAACCAAAUAAACCAGCGCAAAUUUAGUAAAAGUAUAAUAAAACGAAAAAAACCAAAACAAAUUAUUGCUAUCUUUUUGCAUUUUUGCAAUUUUAUAAAAAAAUAACAAAGAAAACGAAAAACAAACAAAACCAAAAACCCACAACUAAAGAUCAUAAUAAUCUUUAAAAUUCGGAGAAGCAAAAAGAAAAUAAGAAGUAAACACAUUUAGCAAAAUUUACUCUUUUAUCUAAACGAAAACAAAAGAAAGACAUAAGAACAAAAAACACACAAAUCAAAUUAAGACCUAAUUCAAGCAUAAAUUAAAUUUUAAACGUUUUAGACAGAGAGAGAGAGCGCUCUAAACUUAACUUAAAAAGCAAAUACAUUUUUUUCGCGAUCGUAGUUGAUCUAAAACCCCCCAGAAAAAAGCCCAAAUAAAAUCUGCGGAAAAAAAACCUAACUUUAGGCGGGACUUGUGCAAAGCGCUGAAAAUACCGCCCCCCCCCAAAAAAAAAAAACGAGCAGCUCUAACUUGUAAGCGAAUACCAACCGAGCAGUGAGAUUAACUACUAACCAAAAAGGACGAAAUCAGGACCGGAUUUCAGAACCACAAUCACAAUGACCAACGCCAUGGAUAUUGUGAAGAACGGCAGUGCCAACGGAUCCGUGGAUGGCAGCAAUGAUGAGUCGCGCACCAAUUUGAUUGUCAACUAUCUGCCGCAAACCAUGACGCAGGAGGAGAUGCGAUCGCUCUUCUCCAGCAUCGGUGAGCUCGAGAGUUGCAAACUGGUGCGUGAUAAAGUCUCAGGUAAUUUGGUCUUGCCAGCAUCGUUGACCGCUCUCAAUCCGGCAUUGCAGCAAGGUCAGAGUCUGGGCUAUGGAUUUGUUAAUUACGUCAGGGCCGAGGAUGCUGAGAAGGCUGUGAACACCCUGAACGGUCUGCGUUUGCAGAAUAAGGUUAUUAAAGUAUCAUAUGCCCGUCCAAGCUCAGAAUCUAUUAAGGGUGCUAAUUUAUAUGUAUCGGGUCUUCCGAAAAAUCUAUCACAACCAGACUUGGAGGGGAUGUUUGCUUCGUUUGGCAAAAUAAUUACAUCUCGUAUACUCUGUGAUAAUAUUUCUGGUCUAUCGAAGGGUGUCGGUUUUAUUCGCUUCGAUCAGCGCAACGAAGCCGAGCGAGCCAUCCAGGAGUUGAAUGGCAAGACCCCGAAAGGAUAUGCCGAACCGAUCACCGUCAAGUUCGCCAACAAUCCGAGCAAUAGCGCCAAGGCUCAAAUUGCCCCGCCCCUUACCGCCUACUUGACACCACAGGCGGCAGCGGCCACUCGCCGUUUGGCCGGAGCUCUGCCCUCCGCCGGUCGCAUUAGCAUUGGAAAGAGUCCCAUGUUAGCGAUUAACAAGGGCCUACAAAGGUACUCACCGCUGGCUGGCGAUCUAUUGGCCAAUUCGAUUUUACCGGGAAAUGCCAUGACUGGAUCGGGAUGGUGCAUAUUCGUCUAUAACCUGGCCCCGGAGACCGAGGAGAACGUGCUGUGGCAGCUAUUCGGGCCAUUCGGUGCCGUUCAAUCGGUGAAGGUGAUCCGGGAUCUGCAGACCAGCAAGUGCAAGGGAUUCGGAUUCGUGACCAUGACCAACUACGAUGAGGCCGUGGUGGCCAUUCAGUCGCUGAAUGGUUAUACCCUGGGCAAUCGGGUGCUGCAGGUCAGCUUUAAGACUAACAAGACCAAAACCACUUAGGCGAACCAGCCAAUCUGGACUAGACCUUUCCAAUACUCCACGAUCUGUUUGAUUUAACAACAACCUAGACUAUAGAUUGAUCUGAUCUGAUAAGAUAUGAUGAUAUGAUACGAUGAUAUGAUGUGACAAAGACAGUGUAGUCGAAAUUGCGAAAUUUAGCGCGAGUUUAUGAUAUGUCUAUCAUUUGAUUUGUACGCUAAACGAAAUUAUUAUGAUUGUAAUUCUAAUGAAAUCUUAGUGAAAAUUGAUUUAUUUCCAUCUCUAUAAUUUAAUUUUAUUAACUAAUCCAAGAAAUGAAAAAAUGCAAAAAAAAAAAAACAAACAAACAACAAACAAACAAAGCUUGAAUGAGGCAACCAAAAAACACAACACAGAAACUAAGGAAAACUUUAGACAAAAAGGAGAUGAGCCAGACGACAACUGUCUAUAAAUUGACAAAUGAGAAAAAUGAGAAGGUAAUAGGGUCAAAGGAAAAACAAAACAAAACAAAAUAAAAAACAAAAAGCGAAAAACGAUAAAUAAAAAACCGCAAAAAUAUGAAUGAAAAUGAUCUAAGUCGCAAUAUAUAGUAACUAUUUUUUUUUUUUUAAACUUAUGUAUAUGUAAUUCAAUUCGAUUAUAUUCAAUUAAACAAAGUAUUUAAACAAGCUAACCAAAUGAUUUAAUGUCUAUUGAUUUAGGAACUACCAGCAUAACUCUCUCAGCUUACCUAAGUACUUAUUAUAAUGGAUAUGCAUAAAAAAUAUUGUAUUGUAUUGUAUUGUAUCUUGUGUUCGUUUUGCAACCCUAACUUACAUUACAUUACAUUAAUUCUAGUGCUAUUCAGCUCUUAUAUUUAAUUCGAUUCGCCUUGAUUUACACUCGAAGACGAAACGAAAAUCGAAGAUAUAGCCGCGAUAUAUCCUCCAAACGUAACAAACAAAACCCCAAGCACCCAAACACACACACUCACUUGUAAUCAUUAUUAUAUAUAUAUGUAACCAGAUUUAAAUAUCUUUUUUUCGUCGUCUAAGAUUCGUAUUCGUAUUCGUCAAGUGCAAACCAAAGUAAAUGAAACCAAGAAAACUUAUUAUAUUAUAUUACAUUAUAUAUUAUUACGCCUACUUAUUAUUCCAUUUUUAUAAUUAUUAUAACUUAUUGAAUGCAACCAAGCGAAACCAAACAAAAGCAAACAAAAAAAAAAAAAAAACAUAACUACAACUAAAAAUAUAUAUUUAUUAUUAAAUAAAUGUGUGACUUAUUCCAAAAACUAUGCAAAAAAAAAAAAUGAAAAAACACAAAAAACUAAAACACAAAAUUUGUUUUCUUUUCUCCCCAAAUAACUAACACCACACACACGCACACCUAAACUAGAGCUGGCACGACUUCGAUCGAUAGAAUCGAUUGGGUUAUUUUAUUCGACUCCAUCUUUUUCGAAAUAGAAAUGCCUAUAGAAUAUAUUCGCGAUUCAUUUCAAUAUUAUCAUUACUAACGAUGGCUUGCCAGCUCUAAUCUGUACCCACCUGAAAAUUGGCAAUAUUGCAGGCAAAACGCUUUCGCAGUUGAAGUGAUCAUUUAAUAAUUGGAUCGGAUUGAAGAUGAAUCGAAAUAUGGCCAGCUAAAAUCGGAACUUCAGCCGUGAAAAUCGCUCCACACAACAAAUACACAACAACAGCACUCGCAUUUAUACAGAUAUAAUUAAAAUACAGAUUAAGUUUCAACGCUCUCUAACGUAUAACUAAGUUUUAACUAAGUUUUACGCCUAUAUAAAUAAAUAUAUAAUCAAACACGAACUAUAUGUACGCGCAUCUAUAUUAAUUCAAUUAAAGAUUGUUUAUUCGAUUUUCCACUUCAAUAGUCUAGUUUUCAAGUCCGAGAUCAUUUCGUAGAGUCUACCAACAAUCAAUGUGUGUGUCUGUAGUUUAACUUAAGACAUUUUUAGGAAGCAAACAUUUUUUUUUGUGUGUACUUAGGGCUGAAAGGUCAGGCCACAUCUACAUGGCGAUUGGCCAUAAAAAAUAAUAAACACAAGAAAAAAAACAAACAAACCUUAAACUAGGCAAACCAAGAAAAACCAAACAAAAGAACUCAAGAAAAGAGGAAGUUGCGAAAGCAAAUUGAAAACACCAAAUUUUUAAGUAUAUAACAUAAAUGAUGUAAAAUUUUUUAAACAAAGAUUUAUAGUAAAAUUUAUUAAGGUAUUAAGUAUGUAUGUAUAACGAUAUAUACAAAUUACACAAGGAUAAGAGAAUCAAGAGAAACCACUGCGAAAACGCGAAAUUCAAUGGAAUAUGAGCAAUGUGAAAUACAUUAAAAAAAUACCUAAAAUUACCUAGAAACGCGAAAUCAGCAAAUAGACCGGAAGUCCUCGAAAGGCGACUGCUUGCAAGCAGUGGCCUCUCAUAUCCGGUCUGCCCUAUGCAAGCAGUUUGCCAUCGAGACUAAAGACAAAGACACAAAAAAAAAUGAACAGGUCUCCACUUGCUGAUUCGUUUUCCACUUCCCGGCGACUAGUUAACCUACUCAAUACUCAAUACGACAUAUGGAAUAAUCAAGUAAUCAAGUAAUAUCCGCAAAAUAACCGCCGCAACGCUGCUGCGCAGGCGCGUGUGUCAUUCACAAAAGCAAUAUGAAGAUGUGGCGCGAGUUGGCUGUUUUGGCCCACGCUGACUUACUAUAUAUAUACUAUAUGUAUGUAUAUGUAUAUGUAUGGGAAAGGCGACUAUAUGACGCAGUUGUACAAAUCGCAACUCAGCGACUCGGUCACAUUCAUUAACGGCACCUACGCCGCCACUUACAAUUUACCCGAAAAAAAAAAAAACAAAAAUGAAAAAAAAUCACCCAUAUUAACCGAAGCGUAUAAGUUUAAAAUUCAGCUAAAUAAAAGCCGAAGAUGAGAAAUACACGCAAAAUCCAUACACCGAUCAGUUGGCGAAAGUUCUUCGAUAUUCAUUUUAGCAAAAGAAAACAAAACAAAAAAACCAAAUAAAUAAGAACAGCAGAAUGCAAAAACUAUAACUGAACCCAACAAUGAAAAUCAUCAACUAAGCAUGAAAUGCAUUUAAAAAUUAAACACAACAAAUACAUAUUUAUUUAUAUAUAUAUAUAGAUGUACAUGUCUACUUGUAUGGCCAGGAUAGCGAAAAUAUGAAAUAUAGCCCCCGAUGACAGAAUCCAGAAUUGAAAAUCGAAAACAGAGCAACACCAAAAACGGAAAUGAAUUUGAGCUGAGAAAAUCGUCUAGAACGGAAACCCCAAAAAAACCAAAAAAAAAAAAAACCCAAAAAUACCCGAAAGUGAAAGUGAAGCGAUUUUGCGACGCCUCCCGAAGCUACACCCGAAAAUCAACUUCCAACAUUUUUAUUGAUAUACACUAAAAUCUAGACACUUAAGGCGAUUUCAUCGAUACCAAAAUCUAAUCUAAGACGAGAUUGCAUGCAAGUUAGCGAAUAUGAAACUUCAAUUUAGUGUGUAAGCAUCGAUAAAACGUGCGACAGAUUAUGCAAAUCUACAGAAUUAAGCCAUUAAAAGCCAAAGAGCGUUAGAAUGCCAGAAAUUUCAAUAAAAUUAAAUGGUCGCCUGAGGCAGAAAACACGGUAAUCAGUGUUGAAUGUUAAAUUACUUGCUAAAUUCAAGCAGAUAGUUUAAACAAAUAACAAAAAAAAAAAAAAAAAAAAAAUAGGGAGAAGACAAGAAAAUAUACGUAGCCGCUUUGUCAGACGGAACGCGCCCAAACCAAACUAAGUAACUAAGUAAACAGAAAUAAAUUAAAAUAAAUUAAAUGAAAAAAAAAAAAUCGCAAGAAUAUUUAAAUCAAUUUUGUGCAUAAGAAAACUCGAUAACCGUUAUAUACAUAUGUAUGUAUAUGUAAGCCAACUACAUAUGUGUGUGUGAGCAAGAACAAGAUCACAAAUCAAAAUAAAUAUAAAAAAAUGCAAAAAAUAAAAAUCAUAACUCAACUUCAAACUUAAUUAAUUAUUAUCCAUUUGAUUGUGUAUGCUAAUUAUUAUUGUCUAUAGCGUAUCGUACACAUAUUAAUAUACUUUUCGUGCAAAUCCAAGGGCAGCACCUAUUUACCAGCAUUACCCUACGAUCGUACUUAUCCAAUUAGUUAACCAUAUACCGCAUACCCAUGUACUUACCUUACUUUUAAAUAUGCUUACUUAAUCACAUUUCGAUAUUGUAUUCGUAGCCCCUGAGUAGAACUAUUUCAAUUGAUUUUGUACACACUCCAAGUCACACAAUCCAAACCCGAAAAACCGCCCAGCAGCUAAUGAAAUGAUCUAACUUAAUGUAAUACAUACAACAACGUAAAAUAUAUUGGAGGCCUGUAUGAAUAUGAAUAUGUUUUCGAUCACAGGACAUUGCAGCUCAAGGAUGCACAAAGGAAAUGCGAAUUCUUCAGUUCGAAAAAUAUUCGAAAUUGUUUCACAAUUUUCUAAAAUUUUCGGUCAUUUCUGCAGGCCUCUAAUACAUCUAAAUGGAUAUAUGCAUAUUUGUAUGUAUUUACCAGCAAAAUAUAUCUAACUAACACAGACACAAACAGUUCACACUUACACACCCACACACACACACUCACACAGUAAAGGAAAUGAUACCAAGGUGACACAAAAUUUAGAUGCAUAUUAUUAUAUAACUUAUAUUGAAAAACCAAAAGCGAUAAGAUGAAAACGUAAAUUUUACUAUACUCGUACAUAUAAAUUAUAUGAAUGUAUGUAAAUUAUUAUUAUAUUUGUAUUUUAUUGUAUGUAUUAGUUUUGUUCUACGCUCUUUUGCUCUUUCAUAAACAAAAAACAAAAAUUUUAAAACGAAAUCCAAACGAAACUUGAUAACACAAAAACUAAAACAACAAAAAGCCGGCAAGCAAUGGUAUACAAAAUAAAUAAAAAAAAAUAUGACAAGAGAAAAUCCACAAAAAAAUGAAAUAAAAUUGAAUGAAAAAUUUACC